UUUGAUGAUGGUACUAUACGCUUUAGAUCAAAAUAAAAUCUAAUGGUUGUUUCUAUACUCAAAAGAUCAUAUUCCACCUUUAAUAUUUCUCCCUCUCUCAUACACACAAACACAAUAGCUCCAAGGUUUUGGUCAUGGUGUGAAAUAUUGGAAGGUUUAAGCUUGUUGUCGGUACUCCUGGCGGCGACCGCGCAGAGCCGGUGCACUGCUUUGGUGUGCUCUUGCUAUGUUCCAUCAAGAAGUUUUAACAACAAAGGUGAGGAAAGCAGUAGAAGCAGCAAUAAUAUUAGCAAGAAGAGAUUGGAAGGAGAAGACAAGAAAGAAUAUGGGGGCAUGGAAGACAAGAAAAUUAAUGGGUGCACCAAUACUAGGAAUAUCAGAUUCAGUGGGUCAAAAUCAAAUGGGCCUCACAAUAUUGAACCAACCACCAGUACUCUCAAGAGUAAUCUCAAGAAGGCAACAACAUCAAUAAUGGAGGGAAAUCAAGAAAGGAGGAAAGUAACUUGGCCUGAUGCACAUGGCAAAGAUAUUGCUCAUGUUCAAGAGUUUGAGCCAAGUGUUUCAGAAGAUGGGGAACUUGAGGGAGUAAGAAAUUCUUGUGUUUGUGCCAUUCAAUGAAGCAAGAGAUCAAUGGUAUGAUAUGAUAGUUUUUUUAUAGCAAUGCUGCUUGAUGAUCAACAUGUACAAUUUCAUUGUAAUUACAUAAACUUGAGCUACUGUUUCUGAAUUGCAUUCAAAGAAAUCCACAAAACAAGUUUACCA